AUGAGAAGUUCUGGAUUUUAACCAAGAAUUGUAUGUGAUAAAAUAGAUUGUAAUUUCAUUGAUAGAAUAGUCUCCUUACUUAAUCGCUAAGAGCAAGCAGUUCUUUUUACCAAUAAGAAGGACUAACAAUUGAGGAAGUGUAAAACCUUCACAAAUUGCAAACGUCAUUUGAAAGUGAACCUAGAGAUUUGCAGUUAGCCUAUGAUUUAUUUAGAAUUAUAUGAUAAAUAUGAGCUUGCCAGUGAGAGUCCAAGAUAUGAACAAGCUGAGAAAGUCAGACAUUAAUAUGAAUUUGCUAGAGAUAAUUUAGCUCUGUCAGGUAUUGCUAUGGAUGGCCAAGUAGGAGAUUAAAAAAUGAAUUCUCAGACUUUUGCUUAGUUAAUUUUGACGAGUGGGAUCGAUCUAUUCUUUUAAAUGCUGUUCUUGGGAGCAAUAGCAAUGGGUAUGAUGAUGGUAUUUAGAAAUUUCGAUAGCAAAAGCUUGCUCGAUAAUUACAAGUUCGAUACUAAAAAAGCGAAGGACAUUUCUUAGAGAUUAGAUGAUGUAAAAGGAAUUGAUGAAAUUAAGGAAGAAGUUGAAAAUUUAAUUAAAAUGAUCAGGGAGCCUGAAAAGUAUACUUCGAAAGGUGCUAAACUCCAUAAGGGUGUUUUGUUAUAUGGUAGACCGGGAACUGGUAAAACUCUGCUUGCUAGAGCUAUAGCAGGUGAGGCUGGCACGAGUUUUAUCUACUGUACAGGUUCACAUUUUGACGAAAUGUUUGUUGGAGUUGGAGCCAAGCGUGUUAGAGAACUUUUCUAAGAAGCAAAGAGCAAUAAACCUUGCAUUAUCUUUAUUGAUGAGAUCGAUACAUUGUUGAGUAAGAGUAGAAGAUUUAAUUCUGAGCACAGUAGUAGUAGAGCUACAAUCAAUUAACUCUUGGCUGAAAUGGAUGGAUUUGAGAAAAAUGACUAGAUUAUGGUUAUAGGCGCUACUAAUCAUGAAGAGAUUCUUGAUCCAGCAGCAGUCAGACCUGGUAGAUUUGACAAGAAAAUACAUGUGCCUCUUCCAGAUAUCAAUGGAAGAGAAAACAUCUUCGAUCUGUAUCUUAAUAGAAUUGCCAAGGCAGUUGAUGUAGAAUCUAGAAAAUUAGCUUAAAUGACUCCGGGCUUUACAGGUGCUGAGAUCGAAAACUUAGUAAAUACAGCCAUUACAGAAGCACUUCACAAGUAUAAGGAAAUGGCAGAUAUGAGUGACUUUGAAUACGCAAGGGAUAGAAUAAUGAUGGGUAUUGAGAGAAAGAAAUUAUCAAUGACAGACAAAGACAGAUUAAAUACAGCUAUCCAUGAAGCAGGUCAUGCCAUUGCUUGCUAUUUCACCCCAGGAGCUAAAAAGCUUUAUAAAGCAACUAUUGUUGCAAGAGGUGGAUCACUUGGAGCUACUUUUAUGGUUCCAGAUGAAUCAGAUAUGCUCUCAACAAAUAAAGAGAAGGUAUUAGCAAAUAUAGAUGUUGCUAUGGGAGGUCACAUUGCCGAGAAGCUCUAUUUAGGAGGUGAAUAAAUCACUACAGGUUGCGGAUCAGAUUUAAAAAAUGCUACUGAUAUUGCUUAUGAAGCUGUAAGAAAGUAUGGUAUGUUUGGAGCUGAGGCAGGACUUAUGAGCACCGAUUCUAAAGAAGUCAGUCAGGAAUAAAAUGCUAUUAUUGAUGAUAAAGUUAAGAAAAUUCUAGAUGAGUCUUAUGAGAGAGUUACUAAGUUACUAUAGAAAAAGGAUAAGGAAUUAAGAGAAUUAUCAAAGGGACUUUUCCAUUAUGACUAUCUAGACCAUGAUGAGAUUGAAAAAGUUAUUAAUGGUAAAAAGAUAGAGAAGGAAAAGGUUAGAAGUUGGGACUACAAGACCUAUGGAGAUUAUGCAAUUAGAUUUUGA